CCAAAAUGGUUCUAUUCAGUUGAUUGUCAGACGUAAACAUGGAGUCAAAUGCAGAAGACAAUUUUGGAAUUAUAAGCAAAAAAGAUUGUUUAACAAUUGUAAAGAAUUAUCUAAAGCUAACAGACGAGGAUGCAGUUCAAGUGCUGGCGUAUGAAGUUUCAAGAGCAUCAUCAGAUUGCGUGGGUUUCAUAGGGGAAUACUAUAAGCUGAAGGUGGAAAUACAAGAAAAGAAGUCUAAUGAAGCGCAGACUUUGAAAUUCUUUGUCAAAAGUGCUCCUAUCACAAAUGCCUCUCACGGUGCUGACUGUGAGCGUAAAGCGUUAUUUGUUAAGGAAUCUGAAGUUUAUAAACAAAUCCUUCCGAAUAUUCAACGUUAUGCUGAAGCUGAUCUUUAUCCCAAAUCCUAUUUAAUGCGUUCGGAUGUCAUUGUCUUGGAGGAUUUCUCUUUAGCCGAAAAGAAUUUGAAACAAAUGAAAGAAGGUGAAGAGCAUACAAUAAAACAUUAUCAGCUAUUUUUACAACUUCUAGCCAAACUACAUGCCUCUAGUUUGGCCUGGGAAUUGAAGGAGUCAAUAGACAUCAACAAUCAGUUUAAACAUAUUCUCUUUGACCAACAAUUUACGAGUACAAAUGAAUGGUAUACCACUGGUAUAAAGGGUCUUCUAUAUUUGACGCAAAGUCAUCCUCAAUUUCAAUACCCUGAAGCCCAGGAAUUUAUCAAUAACAAACUCUGCUCCAUUUUAAAUCAUUUGGAAGAGUAUGUCAAUCCCUCCAAAACUUUACGCAAUGUCUUGUGUCAUCGCGACUCUUGGACUUGCAAUAUCUUUUGGGAAUACAAUCAAGAAACUCAAGAGCCCAUAGGAUGCCGUAUUAUAGAUUUUCAAUUAAUGCGUUACAGUCCACCUGCCAUAGAUGUUUUAAAUUUUCUUUACAACACCUACCAUGAUCCAGUGCUUCGUGAGAAAGAAAUUCCCCAACAUCUAAAAUACUAUAGAAUGGCAUUUCGUCAGAAAUUGAAACGUCUAGAGCUACCAGAAGAUAUAAUACCUGAUAAGGAAUUUGAGGAGGAUUGCCAAAGGGCUUUAUUGCCAAUUCGAGUAUUACGUGCUAUUUGUGUACCUUUAAUGAAGUUGCCUCAUGGUUGGGCUGAUAUGAUGCGUGCCACUGAUCCGAAAACGUUUGAUAUUUAUAUGAACAGUGAUCGAAGGGAGAUGUUUGAGAGGAUCUCAUCUAUGGAUACAACUUAUCGAGCAAAGAUUUUAUAUCCAGUUCAGGAGAUUAUGGAAUAUUUUGGAUUUAAAGACAUUAUCAUGGAGACAAGUGGAGAAGACAAAUUUGAAAAUUUAAGCAAAAAAGAUUGUCAAACAAUUGUAAAAAAUUAUCUAAAGCUAACAGAUGAGGAUGAAGUCCAUGUGCUGGCAUAUGAGGUUUCAAGAGCAUCAUCCGAUUGCGUUGGCUUUAUGGGGGAAUACUAUAAGCUAAAGGUGGAAAUACAAGAAAAGACCAGUAAUAAGGCUCAGACCUUAAAAUUCUUUGUCAAAAGUGUUCCUGUCGCUAAUGCCUAUCAUCGUGCUGAGUGUGAGCGUAAAGGUUUCUUUGUCAAGGAAUCACAAGUUUAUGAACAGAUACUACCCAACAUUCAUCGAUAUGCAAAAGCUGAUCUUUAUCCCAAAUCCUAUUUGCUGCGAUCGAAUGUCAUAGUCUUGGAGGAUUUCUCUUUGGCCGAAAAGAACUUGAAGCAAAUGAAAGAAGAUGAGAAACAUACAACAAAACAUUAUCAUUUAUUUUUACAACUUCUAGCCAAACUACAUGCCUCAAGUUUGGCCUGGGAGUUGGAGGAGUCUAUAGAUAUAGACAAGCAGUUUCAUCACAUCCUCUUUGAACUACAAAUAACGAAUACCAAUGAAUGGUAUACCACUGGUAAAGAGGGUCUCCUAUAUUUGGCCCAGGGUCAUCCGAAAUAUCAAUACCCUGAAGCCCAGGAAUUUAUCAAUAACAAACUUGAUGACAUAUUGAAUAAUUUGGAUGAAUUUGUUGACCCCUCCAAAACUUUACGCAAUGUCUUGUGUCAUCGCGACUCUUGGAACAGCAAUAUCUUUUGGGAAUACAAUCAAGAAAGCCAAGAGCCCAUUGGAUGCCGUAUUGUAGAUUUUCAAUUGACGCGUUACUGUCCACCUGCCAUAGAUGUAUUGAAUUUUCUUUACAACACCUACCAUGAUCCAGUGCUUCGUGAUAAAGAAAUUCCCGAACAUCUGAAAUACUAUAGAAUGAUAUUUCGUCAGGAAUUGAAACGUUUACAGCUGCCAGAAGAUAUAAUACCUGAUAAGGAAUUUGAGGAGGAUUGCCAAAGGGCUUUAUUGCCUGUGCGGGUGUUACGUGCCAUUUGUGUACCUUUAAUGAAGUUGCCACAUGGUUGGGCUGAUAUGAUGCGAGCCACUGAUGCCAAAACUUUCGACAUGUAUAUGAACAGUGAUCGAAGGGAAAUGUUUGAGAGGGUCUCGUCUUUAGAUUCUACCUAUCGUGCAAAAAUUUUAUAUCCAAUUCAGGAGGUAAUGGAAUAUUUUGGAUUCAAAGCUAAAUAAUAAAAUGGAAUCAUUGCUGGGAAGUACCAUAUGUUAUAGAUUGCAGGCAGGGGUAUCAUUAUGAUCAACUUACUUCUCAAAUACCAUUGAGUGGUGUGCCUCGAUCUCUUGCGCUCCUUCUCCAAUCUUUAAACCUAA